AUGAAAUUUGAAAUUAGACCAUCAGAAGAAAGAGGACACUAUGAUGAAGGCUGGCUUGAUACCUACCACACAUUUUCCUUUUCAAGCUAUCGAAAUCAAAAGUUUACUCAAUUCGGACCAUUGAGAGUAUUGAAUGAAGAUACAGUGGAGCCAUCAAGCGGAUUUCCAAUGCAUCCUCAUCAGAAUUAUGAAAUAUUUUCGUAUAUCUUGUCUGGAAAUUUGACUCAUUCAGAUUCUAUGGGAAAUACAGAAGUUUGUAAGAAGGGUUCAGUUCAGUUUACUUCAGCUGGAAGUGGAGUUUAUCACAGUGAGUUUAAUAGGGAUAAGAAUGAGCAUGUCAAAUUCUUACAAAUUUGGGUGAAACCUCGAAAUUUCAAUUCGAAACCAAAUUAUCAAACGAAAGAUUUCACACCAGAACAAAAACUGAAUCAAUUGCGUUUAAUGAUUGUUCCAAACGAAAGUGCCAAAUUGAGUGAAGAAUUUAUUGGAAUUGAUCAAGAUAUUUAUGUACUUUCAAGUUUAUUGGAAUCUGGAAAGAAAGUCAAUCAUACUUUGCAACCUGGUCGUCAAAUUUAUAUUCACGUUCCAAUUAUGAGUAGAAUUGGAUCAUCUUCAGUUGAAGAUUCUAAACUAAAUGGUUUGUUUUCUUCUUUACUUCGUAAAGCUAACCCUUUCAUUUCCAAUUAUCUGAAAAUGAAACUAUUCAAAUCACCAAAUUUAGAAAACCCAAUUUCAAUCAAACUUUCUCAUGGAAACAAUCAAGAAAUUGUAACAUUGAAAGAAGGAGAUGGUUGUUUCAUUCAUUCAGAUUCAUCCACUGAAGAGGAAUUAUUCAUUGAGGGAGUGAAUUCAAUGACUGAAUUUGUCCUUUUGGAUAUGAAAAAGUAA